AUGUCACCUCUGGAAUGUUCUGAGUGUUUUGGCGACCAGUUUAUGCAUAGGACCUAUACCUGGCACCUCACGUUGCACUCCAGGCCUAAUUUUACAAGAAAGAGAGAUACCAGAUCUGAAAGCCUAGAAAUUCCAAUCAAUGUGAUUCUACCUCAGAGGGGCACCAACGAGCCCUUCCUGAGGCUUCACAACUUGUACAGCACCCCUCGAUGCUCCCGGCAGGCCGCCUUGCCCCGGAUGAGCCGCAGGGUAGUCAGCCAGCAUUCCUACCCACUCAACCGCUUCUCUUCUGUGCCUUUUGACCCCAUGGAGCGCCCCACCUCCCAGGCAGACCUGGAACUGGACUACAACCCUCCCCGGGUGCAGCUCAGCGACGAGAUGUUUGUCUUCCAGGACGGGCGGUGGGUGAAUGAGAGCUGCCGCCUACAGUCCCCUUACUUCUCCCCCUCCUCCUCUUUCCACCACAAACUGCAUCACAAGAGGCUGGCCAAGGAGUACGUGCUACAAGAGGAGAACAAGUCCCUACGGGAUGAGAACAGGGCCCUGAGGGACGAGAACAAGGCCCUCCGCAAGGAGAACAAAAUACUGCAGGUCUUUUGGGAGGAGCACAAGGUCACUUUGGGCCAAGAGGAGAGUCAGUCCUCAGCGCCCCUGCUGCACAAAGAAGCAGCCUCCCAGGAAGCGGUGAAGAAAGAGAAUGUCACCUUGCCAGCCCAGCGUAGCAAGGAAAACACCCUGCAGCUCAUUCGAGAGGAGAACCGGGCCCUCCAGCAGUUGCUGGAACAGAGGCAGGCCUACUGGGCCCAGGCAGAAGACAAUGCCACUGCUGCCGAGGAGAGCAAGACCAUCUCCUCACCCAAAGAGGAGCCUCACCCAGAUCAGAGCCCAGGCCUCUCGGCCGCGUUUGAGGAACCCAAAGGGCCCCCUGCAACACAGGAGGACUCUAAGACACUGCGUGCUUUGAGGGAGAUGGUUAACAACUUAUCUGGUUCCUCGGGGGAGGAGGAGGGCAAGGUCGCCCCCAGCCUAGGUGACAGCACCCAGUCUCUGCAGCUGCUGAGGGAGAUGAACCAGGCCCUGCAGGCCCUGAGGGAGGAGAACCGGCUGCUGCAGGAGGAGAACCGAGCUCUGCACGUCCUGCGUGAGGAGCAUCGCGUCUUCCAGGAGGAGAACAAGGCCCUGUGGGAGAACAACAAGCUGAAAAGGCAGCAGCGCCUGGUCAUUGACACCGUGACUGAGGUCACAGCCCGGAUGGAGAUGCUUAUUGAAGAGCUGUAUGCCUUCAUGCCAGCCAAUAACAACAAAGACCCCAAGAAGCCCAGCAGGGUCUGA